CAGGGCAGUGAACUCCUCGCCUCUCAGCCCACCCCUCCCUGUGCCACUCUAUAGGGGGAACCCAAGUUGUCAGGCCAGAUGAAGGCUGUGUCGGCCGAGUGCCUGGGACCCACGCUGGACAGCUCCACCAAGAACAUCACCAAGUCCUUGGUGUCCCUCAUGGAGAUCAAGGAAGACGGGAUCGGCUUUUCCAUCCAGGAUUCCUACUACAAGGAUAAGGUCUCCCGCACCAUCAGCCUGCCCACCUGUGGCAGCACCUUCCCUAGGCAGUCCCGUGGCUCGGACACCUCGCCUCUGACCCGGAGGAAAUCCUAUGACCGGGGGCAGCCUGCCAGGUGAGUGGGGAGAGGCUGGAGAGCACAUGGGCCUACCUCCCCAUCGGGGACCGGCCUGUGCACUCAGCUGUGCCCAGGCACGACGCUGGGGGCUGGAUCCAGCUGUGCCAUAGAAUCAUAGAAUAUCAGGGU